GUUCACUGUCGACUUCAAUUGAACAAUCGACAAGAAAAACAUCGACUAUACAAAAACAACAGACGACAAGAACAGCUGAUCAUGACAUGUGGAAUUUACGAGAAUUUUAAGGUUAUAUUUAUGCGUAAGCACAUACACAUUUACAUAGUAAAAUCACAGUAAAAUGUUUGUUUAUUAUGAAGUUCUAAGAAAAUUAAUAAAUUACUAAAUAUUAUAUUUUUGAAAAGUUUAUUAAAGUGAAGUUGUAUAAUAGAUGUUCAGUAUGUUAGAAUUAGAAGAAUCAAGUAUUAGUAUUGUUUCUGCUGGUGACAUUACUUACAUGUUGAACAAUAUUUCAGAAAGAUACUCCACCGGGAAAUUGAUCCACUUGAAUACAAUUCUAAUUGGAAACCAACACAUUGAUUAUUUUGGAAAUGGUGGAUGGUAUGAUGUACAAUUAUCUAUUGAAUACAAAGGAGCUGCAUCACAGAAAAAAAUAGUAACCAACAGAAUUAUGCAGGUGUUAUGCUUUACUAAUUUAAAAUCAGACAAAAUAAUUGUAAGUGAAGAAGAUUUAUUUAAUGUUAUCAAAAACAAGCAACCUUCUUGUGAAAUUGCAUACUUAUCUAUCAACAAACUAAGUUUCAAUCCUGUUAGUAUGAACAAUCCAUCAAGAGCAAACCAAGUGAAGUUAUGCUCCUUAAUGAAUUUAAUUGACGAGGAUUCUCAUAUUCUGGAUUCUCUACUUGAGAAGUAUUUCAAAACUACAAAAUAUUUGUUUGAAGGUGAUAUCUUUAGCAUAGACGGCACCAAAUACUUCCCUGAGCUUAUUUUACAAAAGAGGAAAAGUUAUUCUGCGACAUAUUAUUUUAUGGUUUGUGAGGCUAUUCUAACUGAAAAUGAAAGUUCCAUUUCUCAAACUGGUUGUCUAGUAAAUGAUACAGUUACUAUGUACAGGAUAUCAUCAAAAAAUAGUUUUCUCCCUCCCAAAUAUAAUAUUUUCCUGAGGGAUUGCUUUUCUAAUAUCAGUUUCCAAAGUGAAAAGUGUUUAUUGAGUCUAAUCCCACUGAGUUUGAAACAUUAUUUUCUGGAUUUAAAAGCAAUGUUCAAACCUUUUCUUGUCAAAGGCUUAAAAGAAAUUAAUUUGAUUCCAUUAUUCUUAAUCUCGGGUGUUAGUGGAUGUGGUAAAUCAUUGUUACUGGAACGUUUGGCAAGUCAUCUUGGUAUCAAUUAUCAGAAGAUUGGUUGCAGUCGAUUACUGAAUGGAGCUGUCACCAGGUACAAUGAAGCUAAAUUGAAAGAGCUCUUCUGUAGAAUCAGUAACCAUUGUCCUUGUGUUAUACAACUGGAUAAUUACCAAUCGUUGGGAGUGGGUGCUGACGGCCAUCAAGAUGUUCGCCUUAUUGCCACUUUUGAAAUGCUAAUGCAGGGAUUGCAACGUUUAGAAUUCCCAGUGAUCAUUGUAGGUACCACCGAAAGUGUAGAUAGUGUUCCUGACGAUUUGUUACGAUUGGUGAUUCAGACAGUAAACAUCAUUUCUCCCACUGGCAACAGAUCUGAAGCAAUAACCCAACGAACAGAAACUAUAAAAUGGCUCUGCCAAUCAAAUAAUUAUAUGUCGGUGACUGAUACUGACUUGAUUAAAGAAUUAUCUCAUGUAACAUCAGGUUUCACGUUGAGAGAUCUAUCUGGUCUACUUUCUUCAGGAAUUAGAGACUUUUAUCUAAAAUGUGGAGUGAGUGAGUCUAUGAAUGUGAGUGAGUCUCUUUCAUUAGCUAAUUUUACUAGAAUCAUAGAUCAAAUGAAUGCAGAAUCAGCAGAGGAGAUUGGAGCACCGAAAGUACCAAGAGUGAAUUGGGCUGAUGUAGGAGGACAUAACCAGAUAAAGAAAGAAAUCGUUCGUUCGAUUAAUGGGUCUAGUUCAAGUGAAAUGCUCAAGAGAUCUGGCCUGCUGUUGUGGGGCCCCCCGGGAACUGGGAAAACGUUGUUGGCCAAAGCAGUGGCGACCGAAUGUGGGUCGUCGUUCUUAUCAGUGAAAGGCCCCGAACUCCUAAAUAAAUAUAUCGGGCAGAGUGAAGAGAAUGUUAGACAGAUAUUUGAGAAGGCUAGACAGUCAGCGCCGUGCAUUGUAUUUUUCGAUGAAUUGGACUCUCUGGCGCCGAACAGGGGCCGAAGCGGCGAUUCGGGCGGAGUGAUGGACCGGGUUGUGUCGCAGUUGUUGGCUGAAAUGGAUGGACUGCAGAGCAACGAAGCUGAUGAUGUGUUCGUUCUGGGAGCAACCAAUCGCCCUGACCUCAUAGACGCGGCACUGCUGCGACCCGGUCGCUUGGACAAAAUGCUGUACGUUGGCCCGUGCCAGGACAUCGAAUCCAAAGUCAAAGUACUCCAAGCACUAACCAGGAAAUUUCAAUUGAGCUCUGAAAUCGAACUGGAAGAUCUUGCAAAACGGCUUCCUGCACAGCUCACAGGAGCUGAUUUGUAUUCAAUAUGUUAUGGAGCCUGGCAGAGUGCAGCAAAGAAUUUGAUAAAACAUCAUGAAGUUGAUUUGAAAAAUAAUUGCAAUGGCAGCAGUUUGACUGUUCGAGUGACCAAUGAUGACUUUGAAGCAGCCAUUCAACAGCUUCAGUCGAGUAAUUAGCCAUGACAAGAAAUUAUUCUUUGCAAAAAUUAUAAUUGAGUUCAACGGUAUUUAAAUAUAUAUUAUAAGUAUUUUUAAAAGACAUAUUAAUAUCGUAAUUGCUCUAAGAA